AUGACGUUCUCUGGAAACAUGAAGGAGAGUAAGACGCGAAACUCUAAAGAAAGCUGGGAGUCGGAGCUGGGCUACGGAUGGACGCGCGGUGGCCAGCGCCGGUGCCGCAGCCACCGCCCCCCCGAGUCCACAAUGUCUGUGAGCAGCGACAUCCGCUUCACGCGCCGCAAGCUGAGCAGACAAUGCCGCGGCUGCUGUGCUGCCCUCGCCGCUCUCUUGGUGCUGCUACUAUUGGCCGCAGUCGCCAUCUACCUUGGCCAUAUGUAUCUCUUCGGGGAUCCAUUGAAUAAGCAAACGUUCAGAGGCUCUUUCGUCGUAUCGUCGUGGGGAGAGGAGAGUGAUCUAGAAGUAAAGAACAGUACGCGCGAACUGGAACUUCGCAAGACACUUGAGAACAUAUACAGCAACUCCGAGCUGCGAUCUAGUUUUGUGUCUGCCGAAAUUUUAGCGCUCGACAGUGCUGAUGACGGAGAACGUGUGCACUUCGAAGUUUCAUUCGAGCCCAUCUUCACGGCGGUUAGCACAACAGACGUUGUAGCGAUUAUGGCGCGCGAAUUGAAAUCGCCCACCACCUACUUAAAGAGCAUCACUACUUUACCUGAGACACUACAUAUUGAGGAGAGUUCCGUUAUAUCUUCACAAGCCUUAAAAGAAGCUGACACGACAGAAGAAGAGGCAACAACUACGGAAGCGAUGUCAUUUGAGCUGGUGGAGGAAGUGCGCGAGUGUUCGCCGUUGACUUUACCCCUAUGUUCACAUCUACCGUACAACAUCACGACCUAUCCUAAUCUCGUGGCACACACCUCGAGAGAUGCACUGAUGCGUGACUUAGUUGCCUUCCGCGAAUUGUUGGACGCUGAAUGUUCCCAUUUAGCACAAGACUUCGUGUGCCAGAUGCUGCAGCCGCGGUGCGACGCGGGGCGGCUGGUGCGCCCCUGUCGCGCCUACUGCCGCGCCUUCCACGCGGGCUGCGGCGCGCGUCUGCCCGACCGCCUGCGCGCCCACUUCGACUGCGCACGCUUCCCCGAUUACUUCGGGCCCGGCUCCUGCGCCCCAGAGCCCGACUGCAGCGGCGGUCUGCAGCGAAUGGCGCUGUCACGUUGGGCGUGCGACGGCGUGCCGGACUGCGCGGACGCUGCGGACGAGCGCGCGUGCACACACUGCGCUGCGGCGGGUGCCGGCGCGUUGCGCUGCGCUCUGCAGCCACGCUGCCUCCCCGCCCAUCUGCGCUGCGACGGCACGCCCGAUUGUCCGGACGCGAGCGAUGAGGCCGGAUGUCUAUGGAUUACACGCUCACUGGCAUCAUGGAAACGUGAAACAAGCGAGACAACUUUAGGAGCCAUACGAAGUCGCGGAGGAUACGCGGUAUGGGCAGAGCAGGGCCGAAUGGGAAAGAUUUGUGCUGCGCCCUACGAAGCGGACAAGAAAGCGCUUAUGAAUGUUGCCAACUCGCUUUGUAAAGUGCUUACCUUUAGGUCAGCACUAAGUGCAGAAGCUGUAUCGGAUGCAGAAGCAAUUGAAGAUGAAAAUGUGACUGAAGAAAAAAAAGAUCAACCCGAGUAUGUUGAAGUAGUUGAUCCUUCUGCCGCAGAAAUUUCUUUCGUAAAAAGCGAAUGCCCGCAGCGAAAAGUUUUAAAAGUUGUUUGCGAUCAACUCGAGUGUGGAGUGUCAUCCGCUCGUGGUUCCGCUGCAGCGUCUGGUCCAUCGGGCUUACCACGCUCUGCGCGCCCUGGCGACUGGCCCUGGCAUGCAGCUCUGCUCCGCUCCCAUGUCCACGCAUGCGAUGCCGCGCUGUUACACCCCAACUGGCUGGUAACCACUGCUUCGUGCUUCCAAGGUCAGCCCAAAGCUGAGUGGACAGCUCGAUUUGGUACUGUGCGUAUCCAAAGUACGUCACCGUGGCAGCAAGAGCGUCGAAUUGUUGGGCUUGUUCGUUCGCCCGUAGAGGGUAGCAUGCUUGCCCUGGUUCGAUUGGAAGAGCCAGUAGAAGUGACUGACUUCGUACGACCCGCUUGUCUUCCAGAAGAUGGAUUGAACGAUCAAAGCACUUGCAACACCCUCGGCUGGACUAGGAACCGAGAUCAAUUACAAAGGGUCCACGUUGUUGCUACUUCUAUGCAAACUUGUGAAAAUGUUAGCAUAGCGACCACCAAUGGCAUUUGCGCCGAGCCGCUUUACGAUCAAGACGACUGUGAUGAAGAAGAAUAUGCAGGGAGCUCCAUGAUGUGUUUUAAUAAUAAAACCAAACAAUGGACAUUAACUGGCGUCAGCGGAUGGCGUAUCGCUUGCAGUAAAAUUGGUUUAGGGAGACCUCGAAUUUACAAUUCGAUCUCAUCACAUGUAGAUUGGAUUCAAAAAACAAUAUCAAAUUCAUCAAGA